AUGGUAGGAUUGGCACAUACCAUGGGAGUGAGCGUGGCAGAAAUUCGUUACUUCAAGAGCGCCAGACCGAGUGGAGGAACUGAGGGAUACAUGCCACCAGAAGUGAUAGACAGGACGCCGGAAAGAGAACGUAGAAGACGUCACCCUCACGAGCUCAUAGGACCGCAUUGCGAUGUCUAUUCUUUGGGAAAAUCCAUCCAGAAUGGAACAAAUCUGCUCGGUCUACAUUACCAAACCCUCAAAUUCUUAGACACGAAACUCAACCGCUUCGAACCUGAAACCAGACCAAGAUUGGACCUGGUCUACACGUCCGAUCUCUGGAACCUGAUGAACCGCUGCCAAAAUGAAGACGCAAGGUAUCGUCCGAAACUUCACCACCUGUACAACGAAACAAAGCUACGUAUGGAAAACUUCCGCGCCCUUGCACAGGCCGAAGGAGCAGAGGCAUUUGGAAAUGGCAUUCCCGACUGCUUCCACAGCAACGUUCUUUAUAAAAGGGCAGAUCGCAAGCGCUUCGAGACCGAUCCUGUCUUCCGCUCGAACUACAGGAAAGCAAAUCUGCGGCCCGUGUGGGAGAUCCUUGGCCCUCUACCACCUCAGAACGUGGCGCAGGCCGAACCGUCCAUACCGCUUGACGCAGACCAUUCUGUGCAUGUGAAUCGAGAGGACGGAGCGCAGGUUAACGAGCGGACGGGUCAGCAGCGGGGUAGGUUACCGGCGUAUGUGGAAACGAAGAUCGAGAAGAAGGAUAAAGAGAAAAGGAAGAGGACGGCGCGAGUGCAGCGGGGGAUCCGGGGGUUGUUGAGUCGAAUGAACUUCUUCUCCUAG